AUUCCAGAAAACAUGGCGGCCACCAGUAAAACUGCCGUGUUAUUGAAAGCUGUGAAGAAAAUAACCAUUCAGUUCUGUCCAUUCGAGUCCAAUGUCCGCUCAACAAGAGAGUUUCUGGCUCUGGUGGGUUCAGAUAAGGCCCGCUCCACCAACAUGAACUGUGAGGUGAUUUCUGUGGUGAAACACGACAAGUCGGAACCAGUAAUCGACGUAACAUAUGUGGACGGAGAGAGGCUGGUGAUGAAGGGGGAAAGGUUGACUUGCCGUGAGAUGCUGAGCGCCUUUCAGUCCCGCUGCAAAGACAAGGACCCGCAGACCAAAGCCGGAGCCAAGAAGUGACCACCUGUUUGAAUUUGUCUGUAUUUAUAUGUGUGUGUAAUCUUGGAAAUGUACAAUAAAACAGUAUGUUUAGCUAAA